GUGAUGAUGACAACGAUUGUAGCCAGUAUUCGUUUGUAAAUUUUAACUGGGUCACCUGUCAUGGCGGAGAAACAAUUUAUUGUUGUUUUAAUUCUAGGUUUUCUGUCAAUUUCUCUUAAAUACGGUCAAGGUGAAGAUGUGCAGGAGUCAAGGUCAAGUUUAGAUGAAGAUCUGAUAGCCAAGAUGAAUUACACUGACAAGCCAAGGUUUAACUGUACAUGUUUUCCUAGAGAUAAAUGUCCCAUGGGACAGGACUAUUGUGAAACAUUUUCUGGGUGUUACAAGGCAUUAGUUGUAGAGAAAGGUCAGAAUGAGAGAACAGAAUGGGGUUGUACGUAUAUGGAUUUUGGUAACCGCGUUUUAUGUACAAUAAAAGAUAACCACGUUGUUGCCGUGAGUUGUUGUUCUAAUGGUACACGAUGUAACGAUGAUCUCACACCAGCCAGGUUACCUUAUCCUGCCAUACAUCCAGAAACACACGAUGGUGGCGCCACUAGAGAUAUGGCCAUCUUUAUAGCUCUUCCGUUUAUCGGAUUUAUUAUCGUGCUCGCGUUUGUGAUGUUUCUGUGUAAAUGGAGACAUCAGAGGAAGAUGAACGAGCUAUCACAUAAAGAAAAUCUACUUCUUGGACACGAUGAGUUACGCGCACAACAGAUAGGGGACACAACACUUAGGGAGAUGUUGGAUGAAUCUUGUACCAGUGGUAGUGGAUCAGGGUUACCUUUCCUUGUUCAACAAACAGUCGCUAGACAGGUGCAACUCCUAGAAUGUAUAGGUAACGUUUCUGUUUGUUUUUUUGUAAAAAUCUUUUGGAAGGGAAAAUUUUCAAAAGGAGAAAGUAUGUUAUAUGAAUUAUAUUAUACACUAGAUCACGAAAGUAUGUUACGAUUAAUGCACAGUGCAUGUGCCGGACUUGUACAUUUACAUACAGAGAUAAUGGGAAAUCGAGGUAAACCUGCAAUAGCACAUAGAGAUAUUAAGUCAAAGAAUAUUUUAGUACGAAAAGAUGGCACAGCUUGUAUAGCAGAUCUGGGUCUUGCUGUUCUACAUAAAUGUGAGGAGAAUUAUCUUGACCUAGGCUCAAAUAAUAAAGUGGGUACAAAGAGAUACAUGGCACCGGAACUAUUAGACGAGACGUUAAAUCCGGAUAUAUUUGACAGCUUUAAAUGUGUAGAUAUCUACGCGUUCUCUCUCGUACUGUGGGAGAUAGCCAGAAGAUGUUACUCACAAGGUAUCGUAGAAGAUUACAAGCCGCCAUUUUGGGACAUGGUUCCGUCAGAUCCGUCGUUUGAAGACAUGCGUAAAGUAGUUGUUGUAGACCAGUAUAGGCCAGUUAUACCUAACAGAUGGUCCUCAGAUACAGUGCUGUCUCAGUUAUCACGAACAAUGAAGGAAUGUUGGAACCAGAAACCCAAGGCAAGAUUAACAGUGUUACGGUUGAAAAAGACACUUCGUAAACUUUGGGACGAUGCGCAAGAUGACAAACUCAUGGAUAAAAACAGUCUCAAAGAUAAAAUUAUUUCCGAGAAAAUAAUAGACAAGAUGGCAGACGUUUGAUUUGUGAAUGCUGGGAGUUUAAUGUGCAAAAUUCUUCAUUUAGAUUUGAAUAAAUAAAUCGUCAGAUCUGAUUUAUGACUUCGCUUGCAAACUGGUUGACAAUGAACAGUUUUGGCAUUUUGCCAGAAAUCGAUUUGCAUGUUAAGAUCAUAGAUACUAACUAGAAGGGUCUAGUAAAUUAGUAUAGAAAUUAAUCAUGAUUAUUAAGUUGAGUCACCAUCUAAUAUACAUGUAUAAUCAUGAGCUAUUUGGGUAGAUCAGUCCUUAGAACCUGCACUGGUUUAUUACACACAAGUGAUAACAUAAUACAAGUCAGUAAAAUUGUAUUGCUCUGUUAUGAAGUAAUCAGGUGAGAGACUUCUUUAACAAAACCAGAAAAAUUUAUCUGUCAAGCUCUGGCUUCAACAAUAAUGCCUGUAUGUUGAACAUAUUAGGCAAAUCUGGAGUUGGUUCAGUAAAUUCCUGGUACGGUUGACCAGUCCAACAUGACAUAGCAAUGAAAAUUAUUGAUGAGGUGAAAUACUUUAACUUGAAUUGCAACACAUAGGGUAUAUUUUAAGUUCAUUAUUUAAUACACAUGGUCUUUAUUAGGACUGUUUGCAGCACAUAGGUCUAAUGUCAAGCCAUCACAACACAAAUGGCCAACAUACAGGGUGAAUAUGUAGACCCUAACAUGCAAUACAUUAAGCAUACAUCACGGAAGACCAAUAUAUUGGACACAUUCUUGUAUUGCCAAUAUUAAGUUCAUAGCCCAGAACAUAAAUUGUAGGUUCAAUAGCCCAAAACAUUAGUUCAUUUGUUACAUGUAGGGCCAAUAACCCAAAUCAUAAAGUUCAUUUGCAACAUGUAGGGCCAAUAGUGCACAACAAAUUUCAUUUGCAACAUGUAGGGCCAAUAGCCCAAAACACUAGUUCAUUUGCAACAUGUAGGGCCAAUAGUGCACAACAAAUUUCAUUUGCAACAUGUAGGGCCAAUAGCCCAAAACACUAGUUAAUUUGCAACAUGCCGUGCCAAUAGCGCAAAACAUUAGUUCAUUUACAAAAUGUAGGGCCAAUAGCCCAAGACACAAGUUCAUUUGCAACAUGUAGGGCUAAUAUAAAGAUGAUUUGACAGUAGGUGAUCUUGUUUCUAUCAAAAAAUGUAUCACUUUUUCGCAAAAUGCUUGAAGGUUUCACUGUGAAAAUUCAAAGAAUUUUUUUUAUCUGUCAUUUAAUUAAAGAACAAUCUCUGUUAGUGAAAUUUACUGCAGCCUUAAUACUCAAUAUUUUUUAUCAAUUUUAUUUUCGGGAGCUUUAAAAACGAUACAGACAGACUUGCAGUGUCGGAGAAAUUGUCAACAAAUUGCAAAAUGUUUACCCAAGUUUACCCAAGUUAAUUGGAUGUAUAUCUUUUAUUAAUGAUAUAAGAUUGAGGUAGCAAACAAUAGUGUACUUGUAUACAUGAAUAUGUAAAUGAUUAUAUGAAAUUGGGAUUUACUGUACCAGUACUGGAAUAACUGUUCUAAUAAAACAUUUCUGUUUUACUUUAUUGACACUUAUUUGAGAUAUACACAUGUACGUAUAGUCUCUGUGUUUAAAGUGUUAAUAUAAGAUGGAGAUAUUUGAAAUAUCUUGUUAAUUAGUGUAGAAAUAUUUAGUUAAUUGAUUUUAUAUUUAACCAUGAUUAUGUUGAUAAUAUCCUGACAGCUGGGAGUAUUGUUAUUAUCACUGUUAUCAUCACUUUUAUCAUCAUCAUUCAUCAUCAGUCAUCAUUGUUCUUUAAUCAUAAGUGUAAAUAGCUAACCAUUUGUCAUAAUCAUUGAAAUUUCACAACUGUUUCAAUCAUCAUCAUUAUCAUCAUCAUCAAUAAUGAUAUUUGUAACAUUGUCAUAAUAAUGUUAAACAUAAUCUUAAUCAUUAUUCACUGCAUUACAUGACAGUUAUCAUUCAUUCUUCAUUGUAAAUAACAUUGUCAUUUGUGAUUUAUCAUCAUCAUUUAUUAUGAAUUCUAAUUUUUAUUUGUCAUCUUAUUUGUACAUUUUGUAUUUUUUCAGUGUAUUUAAAAUGUGAAGUCGUUUUUAAAACUGAUCUGAGAAAUAAAGAACAAAUGAGUA